AUGCCGUUCCGCGCGCGAUGCGGCGGCGCCGUCGCCCCGGCGUCGUCCGCGCGUCGUCGCGCGGCGCGAGGGUCCAGCAGAGCCGUGACCGCGCGCGCGAGCGCGGACGACGAGAUCUACCGCGUCAUGUCCGCGAACCAGGAGGUCUCCGUCGUCGCCGUCGUCGGCACGAAGGUGGUCGCGGACGCGGUGUCGCGUCACAAGACCGCGCCGACCGCGACCGCGGCGCUCGGGCGAACGAUGCUCAGCGCGCUCCUCCUCGGCGUCUUCAAAGGCGACGACGAGACGGUCCAAAUCACGUUCAAGGGCGACGGCCCGAUAGGAACGAUCAUGGCGAUCAGCGACAACCGCGGGAUGGUGAAGGGGAUGUGCGCGAACCCGAGCGCGGACCCGCCGCUGCGCCCCGACGGCAAGCUGAACGUCGGCGCGGCGGUCGGCAAAGGCAUUCUGAGCGUCUCGCGCGCGCACCCGGACUGGAAGCAGCCGUUCACCGGCAUGGUGAACAUCGUCACCGGCGAGAUCGCGGAGGACGUCGCGACGUACAUGCUCGAGAGCGAGCAGGUCACGUCCGCGAUCGCGGUCGGCGUGAGCCUGGACAGGGCCCUGGAGAUUCGAAGCGCCGGCGGGUACAUGGUGCAGGUGUUGCCGUUCGCGUCCGAGGAGACGGUGAGCGCGUUGGAGAAGAGCAUCGCGGCGCUGCCGUCGACGACGGACAUGAUCGCGGACGGGUGGGACGCGCGGACGAUCGCCGCGAAGGUGUUGGGCGACCUCGGCGUGAUCGAGGACACGGCGAGCAGGUCGACGCCGUCGUACGGGCCGUGCGAUUUGGACGAUUUGCGGACGCGGAUGAUGCGCGCGCUCGCGUCGAUGGGGCGGGCGGAGGUGGAGAGCAUCAUCAAGGAGCAAGGGGUCGUGGAGAUGACGUGCGAAUUUUGCAAGGACACGAUCGUGUUCACGGAGCAGGAGCUCCUCUCCGCGAAGGAUGAAAUUUGA